CGCUGGCCAACAUCCUGUACUUCAGCUAACAAACAACUCUUUCUAUAAAUCUGCAGAGACAUUCCUUCAUAUGGAUACAUUCAUCAGACUUUGGCUGUCAGUUUUUCUUUUUAUAUGAUUUAGUUUUUAUUUGGUGGAUUUAUUAGCUUCUUCUUUUGGAAGAAUAAUAAAACAUGAUUAAGCUCAUGUUUCAACAUGCGAAGAAACAUCCGGGGUUAAUCCCUCAAUUUUUCUUCCUGACUGUGGGCAUCACAGGGGCCACCCUCUAUCUGAUCCGUCUGGCAAGAGGCCCUCAUGUCACCUUCUGGGACAAGAAGAACAACCCAGAGCCCUGGAACAAGCUCGACCCAACCUACCAGUACAAGUUUGUGGCCGUCAACACAGACUACAAGAACCUGAAGAAAGAUGGCCCUGACUUCUAAAGGUCCUCCAGGCAACUCCAGGGGCACCAAGUUUGGCAUGACCCCCUGCUGUUGCCUCAGUGAUGUGAAACAUCUUCCUGAACAUUUCCUCAGUCUCACCUCAUGCGCCACAAUAAGAGCUCUGAAUUAACACUGUAACCUGUGAAGAAAAACUAUUAAAGAUCAUAUGAGACAGAA